GACCAUGUACGCUAGCUGCCUUACUUGCAUAACUCGUGUGCUCAGUGCAGAGAGGGUGUUGACAUCAGACGUCAUCUCUCUCUCUCUCUCACAAAUCAGUCUAAAGUCAGCUGGGGAGCCUUGGCGGCUCCACGUGUGUACCACGCACCAUAGCACACACACACAUCCCAACCUCACACGCGUUUUCUGAAGACGUCCUUGGCGUCUGAGGCAGUGACCCCCGGCUCUUGCUCUCCUCUGCCAGCCUCCCCCCCGUCGUUGCCCUCCAUCUCGAACCUGACCUGCUCGUCGUUGGCCUCCUGCCCCUCUCCCUCUCCCUCAUCCUCUUCGCCCUCGUCCUCCUCGACAAUCUCCAUUGUCCCUGUGCGUGUGACACAGACGCAGAGCAGCACGGGACAGAGGCAGCAGCUGAUGCUCGAUGCUCAUAUAGGUGGGUGGUGUGGUGGCUGGGCUGGUUGUGAGGUUAUGUAUCCAUUGGCCAACUCACUUCUGCUGAGUGUGAAGUCUGGCCGGCGGGCCAACUCGGCCUCCAUCGCCUGAAACGAACGAAGGAGGGAGGGAGGAAUGUGGAGUGGACGAGUGUGUGUGUGUGUGUUGUGUCGAUGUACCCACCUUUUGUCGUUCGAUGGCCCGCCUUCGCUCCUGGUCGGAGACGAUCUCCACCGAUAUGGCGUAUGCACCCGUGUGCGUGCGGAAGGGGAUCCGAAUCGACACCUGCCCACAACGCACACAGGCAGUGCAGUGCAGUGGGUGCUGGACCACGCACAUCACAGCACAUACACACGUCCGUCACGUACGUCAUGUGUGCCGACUGUGUUGAGCCCCUUCCACUUGUCCCUGUCUGGGAAGUCGAUGUUGGACGGCAGCAGGUCCAGCUCGUGCUGGGUCGACAGGGCAUCCAGGAUCUGCCACACUGAGUGAGUGACACAUCCAAUCCAGGACGCACCGCACCCACCAAUGAAUGCAAUCGACAGACACACACCAUGACCGCUGCGAUGCUGCUGCUGCUGGUGGUGGUGGUGCUGUGGUCACCAGUGAGUGGUUCGAUGAGUUCGUUGAGCUUGGUGUCGUGCGUCUUGAGCACAAACUGCAGCCUGCGGAGAGCAGAUCAGAUAAGGGUCGCUAUGGUCUCAUUGUCUGUGUCAGUCAUGCAUCCAUCCACGGGCUGUGCUCACUUGAUGUCGUGGACCCAGUCGAAUGAGUGUUUCUGCUGCUGGUCGAGAGAGUAGCCCAGCUGAACCGCCUCGUGCUGCACACAAACACGCACACAAACAGACACACACACACACAUAUACUCUAACAGGGGCACGUGAAGACGGGGAGCUGAGAGCGUGCUGUGUGGGCAGGGCACCAACCAUACCAUGUACUGUGGGUCGGCGUGUUCGUCGAUGUUCUCCCACGUACCCCACACAGCCAACUCAUUCGGCACCAGAUAAUGCCGCGCAUACCUGGACAGACAGACAAGGCAGCCAAGCCGCACCCACCGAAACGGCCACAUACGCACCCACCGUGUGUGGUGUCUGACUGUCUGGUCUGCGGCUUCUCACCCUCGCUUCACGAACACGACCUGCCCCGUCCUCCCGACGUUCUUGACAUUCUGCAACACACACACACACGAGACCGCAACAAAACAAACAUCUGCAGUUUGUGGGUAUGAUGCACACAACAAGGCAACGCGCCUCCUGCCGUCCCUCCCUGCCACUGACCUCCUUGAGCACCACGGGUGCAAACCUGGUCUUGAUUCUCGGGAUCCACCUGAAGCGGGAGAGGGUGCCGAACUCAGAGAUGGCCGUGCGGACAGUGGUGCGCUGGCAGUCCCUGCUGCACGCCGCCUCGGCACGGAGGUCGGGAUGAGUGCGGCCGCCGAUGGCGCCUGAGAGAUCUUUGUGAGUGGCUGCCGUGGAGAAGCCACGCGUGCGGCUCGGCACUCUGGGGAGCCUCCCGCGAACGGUGCGAUGAAUCAGGCACCCCGUCGUCUCCAUUUUUCCCCUCUCAAGUCAGG